CCAAAAUAACCGGGCAUGGGCGCCGCCUACCGGCCGGGGCGGGCGGAUUGUUCAGGCUCAGUGGCUACCGAGCCGCUUGUGAAGCGGUCGCCCUGCGUUCCUCGCACUGUGAAUGGUGUUCAGGGCGGCGCGGGAUGCGCGGCCAUGCCGGUACCAGACCGCCAACUCGGCGACGAGUUCGCACCACCGGAGCCCAAGCGCUGCAGGCACUGCGACGAGAGCCGUUCGUGUGGCGCUGGCGACGGGUCGGAAGGCGAGGAGCGCACCUCGUGGCGCGUCACGCUGGACCACGACUUGGUCGAGACGCUGAGCGCCAUCUACCCUGAGUGGUUCAAGCAACCGCGGCGCGAUCGCAGCCCUGUCGCUACGCCCUCGCCGCUGCUCGCCUCGCCGAACACGCCGGCAACGUCGCCUGAAGACGAUAUCUUCAGUUCGGGCGCGGAGGACAUGGCUAGCCGUCAAGCAAGCAGUAGCGGUGCGAGUGAGCCACCCAGCUCGCCCCGCCUCUCCCCGCCCAAGGUUGUUGUUGACGACAGCCCCCUACAGCCCGCAAUGGGCAAACACAAGGAAUCGUUGAAAGUGAAACUGAUGAUGCGGCGGCCAAUCAAUCAGCUCGUUGCUCAAGGAAUAAUGCCACCGUUAAAAACACCGCCAGCCUACUUUAAACAAAGCGUGCAGUUGGCGAGAGCGAAGACUGGAGAUUUGCUCAAGGCUAAGAUACAGAGUCGUCCGAAUCGGCAGGAACUGGAACGGAGACAUAUACUGGAACAGGAGAGCCAUGUCGACCCGAGUUUGGCGGAGAAGCAACGGAUGUUGAAGAAGGCUCGCCUAGCGGACCAACUCAACGAUCAGCUUUCCCACCGACCGGGCCCCCUCGAGCUCAUCAAGAAGAACAUACUACACACAGAGGAGGAUAUAGAAACGGCAGUCAAAAGUGGCAGUCUAGCCUUUAAAGCGACCUGCGAAGGCGCUUCAGGACGUCCACAACAUCCCUCUUCAUACUGUGGCCCUCCAGAAGAAAUCUCACCUUCACCAUCACCACCUUCCAUUUUAUCCCCUGCGAGUGUCUCCCAAUGUAGUACACAACAUCCAGCACCAGGAAAAGCAAACAGACGAAAACCCAAAAUCAAAGAAAAGUGCAAAUCUCGCUUCAAGUUCCACGAAUAUAAGGGCCCACCGAACGCCCAAAAAUUAUCAUCACCUCCGGGAUCAGAUGAGACGCCGUACGAGCUGCUACUGCAACAACAGCAAUUGCUCCUACAGCUGAUGUUGCCGGCGUCUCCAGCGCCAUCUUCCACUUCGAUAACAUCAGAUUCGUCAGAUAUUCUUCCGCCCCCGCCACCUCCGUUGCCAGUAUCCAGUGGCUUGGCCAAUUCCCGCUUUGAAGAAAUGAAAGUGUCUGACCUAAGGGCGGAGUGCAAACGCCGGAACUUACGAGUAUCCGGCCCCAAGCCGCAACUGAUAGACCGCCUCCGACCAUACUUAAUGGAAAUGCUGGAAGAUUCUCCAACUUCACCAGUAUCUAUCGCUUCUCCGGAAUGUAAACCUGACCCGGAGUCGGAAGACAUUGUCCAGUCUCAGAGGCGAUUGAUAGAGGAGUUAGAACGACAGCUGGAGGAGUCGCGGCAACAGUUGGAAGCCGUGCGAAGAGAAGCGGCCGGGGCCAGUGAUCAAAGUCGAAGAUUAUUGCAGGCGCAUCUGUGUGUGACUCAAUUGAGAGCCAAGUUAGACGCACUCCAACAGCCGUCAGUCCCCACUCCACCCCAACGCUACGUAAUAGCCACGCCCGAUACGGCGCCGGAUCGCUUGGUCCGUCUUUUCACUGUGACACCUCCGUCAACGGAAGUGACAAGUGACAGUCAACCUAAAUCAAAUCCUGCGUACAUUUUGAACGGUGUUAAAGUUGUCCCUAUAGCGAUUUUGCCGACGCACUUCGAGCCGGAACAGGCUCCGCCUCCACCACCACCGCCGCCUCCGCCCCCUCCCCCUAUGCCCCAAACCCCAAUGUCCACUAUCCACGAUAGCGAAGACAGCCAGAUCAUGGAUGACGUGCUGGAAAUACUUGUGGAGAACGGCGAGUUGCCACCGUCGGCUGUCGGCGAUGUAGCCUCUAACAGGUCCAUUGAUACGGGCUAUCUCACCGCCAGUCCUGGAGACUUUACCCCAACUGAUGUUUUGACCGAUGAUGUUCUCAGCGACUCACACGUCCGAGAAUCGUUGGCGGCAGACGAAUUGCAGAGAGAACUCAAUGAGAUCCAAAAUGAAAUUAUGGGCCAUGAUCUCUCCACUGUUGGGGUUAUCGAAAGAGUGGACGGUAUAGACCACGAUUUAAACGUGGAUAUGUUAGCUACUAACGAGUUCAAUGCCAACUUUGCGGAUUGCAACAAUACAUCCGAUAACGAGUUCCUAUCACUUUUGACCGAUAGCGAUGAAACUCACGGCAUGGACAUUGACGACGAGCAAACGGAAAGAAUGAGCAUACCCGCACUCACUAAUGGAGACAUCCUGGACACAUCGAGAACAGACUUUCCCGACAUUAACGAUCUGUCUUUGCCCUUCCAAAAUGAAGACACGCGCCACGACACCUUUGAAGACCGUUGUGACUUUGAUUUCAAGGAGUUCGACUUGGGCAACAGUGUGAACAUGGACACGGACUACUACAUGAACAAUAACUUUCCGAAUUUGUUCGGGCGCGGUCACAUGCCGCAGUGCGACCCCUUACUCGGCGGCAUUCUAUCUCGUCCCGCUCCGAGGCCCGCCUGCAAGAUUUACUCGUGGGAGAAGAGCGAGUACGACGCCACCUGACCCGCUCUCUCGCACCAACGCGGUGUCGCUCUCUAACGAUGCUAACCUGAUCUCUAUCGGACGUCAAUUGAGUGAGUUUUUGUAUGUCGGUCAAUUCGGCUAGAUUGUAAUAGUGACGCUACCGGGUAGCGGUGUAACGCUAGUCUACGCUUAUCUUCCAAGGACUAAGUGUCAGAACACAUAGUGUUGGCACUGAUAAGUGGAUGGUACUUAAGCCGAUACGCUAGUAUCACUAGUUUUAAUUAGUUUAAGUUUCGUGUUUUAUUUAUUAGUGAGUGUAACGUGUUUCGUCACCUUUGCGCAGUGGCAUACUUGGCUCACAAUAUAUCCAUUAUUUACAGAGGCAUAUCUACUUAUGUAUAUAAUGAUUUAAUUUAAAUACUCAACAUAGUUGUGGAUUUCUGCAUUCCGCCCGAUGACCAAAACUUAAGAGAAAUUACCAUUGGGUUAUUUCGAGGCGAGAUAUUACUUAAAUUGCACUUAAGAAAAUCAAUUAAAAACGUAAAUGCAAUGAUUUCGUCUCCGAUUUGGAAACUAUAACCCAAAACAUGUCCCAAGACUCAGAUUCAAAUAAAUAUAAGAUCUUUAAAAAUAGCUAGCUCUUUUGCUAUAUAGACAAUAAAACAUUUGUUUGACUUUGAAUGUUUGGACAAAGUGACAUUCCAGUCUUGUUGAAAUGCAAAAGUGACCAUGCAUACCUGUCACCCUCGACACAAUUUUUGACUCAUUUCUGAAUUAAAAAAUGAAAUUAAAAAAUUUGCAUAUUCACAAGCCAUCGUCAUGGGUGGGACCAGCGUGGGAUCAAUUUUAGAUAUUCAUUAAGUGUAGGAGCCAACAAAAAAUUAUGCCCCCCCUUAGUCCAUUUGGAUCUACCUUCCACUCGUAUUUAAGUUACCUUGUUUUGUUGUUUCAAAAUGUUAGUCAUUUGAUAUGUAUAUUAAACUGUGAACAUUACAUUCUUGCAAAUAUAUCAUUCCACUGUUGAGCUUAGGAUAGGCCAGUAGUCACUUAGGGAACACAAGGGGCGGCUGCAUAAUUUUUUGAAAUUCUUUCCCCUUAUUAUGUUUUCGCGUUCACCAUUGCUUAGCACUUAAAAUAGAUUUCAAGAAAAAUUGCCAUUAUCUGCAUUUAUAUUUAAUUUAAUGACAACGAAAGAUGGCGGACGGUGAUGUGCCAAAAAAAUUACACCGGCUGUCAAAUCAAUGUAUUUCCAUGAGAUUGUAAUGAUGUUAGUGUGCUGUUUGAAUUUUGAAAAUUUCCGAUUGGGAAAUAUGAGAAACUAAUACAAUUUUUCAAUAAGUCAAACGUUUCCUUCGGAAAGUUUCAAAAUUUUGGAUACAUCGGUUGGUUAGGUAUUUGGUAUGUGAGUGUACUUUUGUAAUUUGCAAUAAUCAGAGUACAGUCAUAUAAGGAAUGGUGCUAUAACAUAGUUAUGCGAUUAUACAUAAUAUAGUAAAAUAUUCUAGGCUUUUUUUUAUAGAAUUACGCCAUAGUUCCCAUUUUCAUGCUGGGACAUUACUAAUAUUCGAUUUUAGUAAAAUCAAUCAUAACAUAUAACAUUGGUUUUCUUUGUUUUACUAAACAUAAGUUAUAUUCCAUUAAAUAAGUAAAUUAUUGUAAUUUUUAUUGUAGCUUAAAUAUAUUUAUACUAUUAGAAUUGCUCAUCAAAAUUGUACCUAUCCUUUUAGUAAAUUUAUUUAAAUCAAUUCUACCAUUCCCGUGUCAGGCCUAGUUUGUUUUAGUGUGUAUUCAUUCAAGUAUCGCGGAAUAUUAGUCCUUUGGGCAUUAACAUUUUAACAGUCUGUUAUCUAGUUAAGGAGUGACCAACCCAAAAUAAAACCGGCUGUUAAAAAUUGAUGCCUUAGCAUAGAAUUUACUGUUUAAUCGAGGUGAAGAAGGCAGGUUUUUUAUAACAAAGUAAUUUUAAAUAGUUUCCAAUUGUACAUUUUGAGGAUAAAUCAUUUUCAUAAUCUAACUUGCUUUCUUUAUACUGAUAUUAAAGUGAGAUUAAUUUUGGUAAUAGUUUCACCAUUUGUUAUCCUUACUUUAGGAGAGUUUUAACAUUUGUUUCUUGGAUAUAAUUAUGUUCUGAAGUGAUAGGCAGUACUAAGCUGUGUAACUGUUUAAAAUAAGUUAUAACUGGCUUCGUUAUAUGUGUGUUUAUUAUAUAAUUAAGGUGUGUAUGAAUAUUAACAUGUAUUUGAUAAAAAUAUUCAGUACCACUUAGUAAUAUCCAAUGUAUGGCAGAGCCAAGUAUUCAUGAUGAUGUGAUAAUCACUUAUAUCGAAAUUAACAUAUAGAAAUUGGAUAGUUUUUUACCUGCCGUAUAAUGAAGCCUUGUAAAUAUUUACCAAGCCUUUAUUAGUAUAAGAAAAGAUUGUUGAUAAAAAAUUUACAAAUCUUG